CAUCCGCCCCAGAUCCACGGGAGCAGAAGGUGAAACUUGCCAACAUGCCAACACCUGGCCUGGGCGCGCGGAGCGGGGGCAGCAUCCCCACGACCUCCCUGGCUCUACCUGCCAGGGCCGUUGCGCCCUCGCAGCCAGGCUCGGGAAAGACGGCGAGCUUUCCUCCGCGGGGCUCCGUCCGGUCCGGAGAGCCAGCAGAGGGCGCGACAUGCGCGCCGCGUUUCCUCCGCGGGGCCGGGCCAAGUUUGAAAAAGUUCCCCGCCGGCGCCGGAUGGGCUCCGGGGGCUACAGCGGCGGCGGCGGCGAUGGCGGCCGAGCAAAUCCAACAGGUCCCAGAUCCAUCAGGGAUCCAGCAGAAACUGGAAUCCGAAAAGGAAUCCGUCCGCCGGGCCAUCCAGAAAGAGCUGAAAAUCAAGGAAGGGGCUGAGAAUUUGCGAAAGGCGACCAAACACAAGAAGAAUUUGGCCCACGUGGAGACGGCCCUGAAGUCCUCCAGCCAGAAGUUGGAGCAGUUGCAAUGCCAGCUCCAAGCGCUCCAAGCACGGAUUGUCGCCGGAGAGCGAGACGGUGGACAAUCAGAUGCAAACGGGUCGCCCGAUCUCAAGCUUUGGGGGAAAGACCCCAACCACAUUUCAAAAAGGUUGGAGGCUCUGAAGAAACAGCUUCACAUUGAGCUGAAAGUGAAGCAGGGCGCCGAGAACAUGCUCCAGGUCUACUCCAGCACAGCAAAGGAGAGGAAACUCCUGGCAGCCGCUCAGCAAACCUUUCAGGACAGCAAGAUGAAAAUUGAGCGGAUCCGUAUGGAGAUGCUGAAGCUGUCUCAGGCGACGGGCGCUCCAGGGGUAGCAGGCAGGGCCCCCGUCUUGCUUCUGGAGCUGCGUCUGGAAGAACUGAGGCAUCGCCUGCGGAUCGAAGCAGCCGUGGCCGAGGGAGCCAAAAACGUGGUGAAGAUCCUUGGCGGGCGGCGGGUUCAAGACCGGAAGAUGUUGGCAGAGGCUCAGGCUUGUCUGCAGGAAUCCUCCCAGAAAAUCGACCUGUUUCGACUGGCUCUCGAGCACCUUCUGAGCCAGCUUCCUCCGGAUGACCCGAAACAGGGGCUGAUCAAGCGAGAGAUAAGGGACACCUUCUCCCUGGGGGCCCAAGAGUCGCCCCCGACUUCCAUCAGGCCCACGGCUCUCACAGGUAGCCUUCAAGUCCGCUUGGAAGGCUGUGAAGGCCUCUUGGAGAAGAUCUCGGGCCGUUCCCGUGUGGCCACUUCCUUGCCUGCUUCCACCAGCUCUGGGGACUUCAAGCUCUUGAGUCGGACGUGGGUUGGGAUCAACCUCCCUGGCCGGGGCUCUGUGGGAAAGAUCCUUCGCCAGGAGGAACUCAGCAGAGAAGUCCUGGCGGUUCUCAAAGUUGACAGCAAGUUUGCCAGUCAGACCAACUGGGGGCUGGUUAGCAGGCAAGCUUGGAACCAGACUUUCACGGUUGAGUUGGAGAGGUCUCGGGAGCUGGAGAUCUCGGUCUAUUGGCGUGACUGGCGCCAACUCUGCGGAGUGGCGUUUCUGCGCCUGGACGGCUUCCUAGACAACGCCAGGCACCCCAUGGCGGUUCCCCUCGAACCGCGAGGGACGCUCUUCCUAGAGGUGACGUUCAGCCAGCCGGUCGUUGAAACCCAUGCGAAACUGCAACGGCAGAAGCGCAUUUUCCCCAAACAGAAAGGGAAAGAAUUCCUGCGAGCUUCUCAAAUGAACGUCAACAUCGCCACCUGGGGACGUUUGAUGAUGAACCUCCUGCCCCCUUGCAGCUCCUUGAAUGCUUCAAGCCCUCCUUUCCGAGGGUCUCUGCGUCCAGAUGUUGCCUCUGCAGCUGUUGCUGAGGACAGCCCGGGGUCCUUGGGGUCCAGUGCUUCCCCUCCGGUGAAGCUGAUCCGGGGAAGUCAGCCGCCCCCUAAGCCCCCCCGCCUCUUCCUGCCUCUUUCCGGCAAGGAAACCGUCGCUUCUCCAGCAGAUCCGGCGGACCAGAAGACGCAUCUCCUCCGUGAAAAAACAGGCAACUCGCAACAAACCAGCAUCAGGAAAACCCUUCUUCACCUUGAAGACUUCUCUUGCAUGGCGGUUCUUGGUAGGGGCCACUUUGGAAAGGUCCUUCUCGCCCGUCACAAGGCCACCCAGAAGCUCUUCGCCAUCAAGGCUCUGAAGAAGCAAGAGAUCAUUAGCCGGGAUGAUCUGGACAGCUUGUAUUGUGAGAAACGUAUUUUUGAAGUCAUCAACCCUUCCGGUCAUCCCUUCCUGGUCAACAUGUUUGCCUGUUUCCAGACUUCGAGUCACGUAUGUUUCCUGAUGGAUUACGCUCCCGGCGGGGACCUCAUGAGGCACAUCAGCUUCAACAAUUUCUCUGAAGAUACCGCUCGGUUCUGCUCUGCCUGUGUGGUUUUAGGACUUCAGUUCUUACAUGAAAAGACCAUCAUUUACAGAGAUUUGAAAAUGGAUAACUUGCUUCUAGACGCCGAAGGAUUCGUGAAGAUCGGGGACUUUGGGCUUUGCAAGGAAGGUGUAGGUUUUGGAGACCGGACAAGCACUUUCUGUGGCACCCCAGAAUUCCUGGCUCCGGAAAUUUUGACGGAUCCAUCCUACACCCGGGCAGUGGACUGGUGGGGGCUCGGUGUGCUUAUUUUUGAGAUGCUGGUGGGAGAGUCUCCUUUCCCCGGGGACAACGAAGAGGAGAUGUUCGAUAGCAUCAUCAGCGAAGAAGUCCGUUUCCCGCGAUUCCUCUCCGAGCUCAGCACUUCGCUUAUGCACAAGCUUCUCCAAAAGUGUCCCGAGCGACGUCUCGGAGCAGGAGCGAAAGACGCCGAGGAGAUUAAAAUCCAUCCUUUUUUCAAGGAGAUGAAUUGGUCUGCUCUGCUUGCACGGAGGAUGAAACCCCCUUUGGUGCCCAUCCUCAAAAGUCCCACCGACAUCAGCAACUUUGACAAAGAGUUCACAUCUCAAAAGCCCAUCCUGACACCUCCCAGUGACGCCCCCCCUCUCUCUGCCGAGGAGCAAGCCCGCUUUAAGGAUUUCGACUUCCUUUCCAAGCACUUCCUGGCUGUCUGACUUCGGGCCUGACCCCCUGCACUGCUGCUAAAGAUCCCUGCCUCCAUCAGCUGCUGCUCAAGGCGAGCUUUAACUGAUCAGGGUUUGGGGAAACCGACAUUCCCAAGCACUGCUUUUCUUUUGUUUUUUUACAUUUUUUCCCAGGCAAAAAUGUUAAUCCUCUAGGGAGCAUCUAAGAACUGGUCAACUUCCAUCGGCUCCCCACUCCUUCUGAGUUGUUGGGGACGGGGCCAACCGUUUAUAGAGGGAGAUUUUUAGGCUGGACAGUUGUGAGUCUCGAAAACGAAUUGUGACUUUACUGACAGCUUUCUGGAAGGCUGAUAAAAGCCACGUGGGCCAAAAGUCAGUUUGCUCCGAGAAAUCCAUCCGGUGCCCCAAAGGUUUGGCUGUAGCAUCCAGGAGACAAACCAAUUCAAGGAACCGUUUCGGUUGGUCUCCUCCAUCAAGGCAUGAUGGAGCAUCCAAAAAGCAGGAUUGUGUGUUUGGGAACCUGCCCUCUUCUCCAACCCCACAAAGAUGCUCUCUAGGGCAGUGUUUCUCAACCUUUACGUCCACUGUGCGAAGAUCUUAAAAUCUGCUUAGUCCAGUGUUUCUCAACCUUGUCAACUCUGGCUCUGACAUUCGCUGGCUGGGGAAUUCUGGGAGUUGAAGUCCAGACAUCUUCAAGUUGCCAAGGUUGAGAAACACUGCUCUAGGGGGUCCGAAACCCUCCAAGGGAAACCGAGUACCACUUUUAGACGGGUAUGGCUGAGACCCAACACUCCGGAUUUCUUUUCUUGUCUGCAUUUUACGAUGAAACGUGUCGACUCCGACCAGAUGAAGGAGCCUCACUCUCCAAAAAUGUAGUUUUGCUUUUAGAGACGUAGAGUUUGCACCGUCUUUCCCAAGCUUGGCAACUUUUAAGAUGGGUGGAAUUCAACUCCCAGAAUCCCCCAGACUGCCUUGGGAAUUCUGGGUGUUGAAGUUUAUUAACAUUAGGGUUGAGUUAAAACCAUUUUUCCCCCCCUUAAGCUCUUCAACCCUGCUGUGAAGCAGCUCCUGAUUUAAAGGAUGAAGAAUUUGAGCCACUCCGAUCUCUUGGCUCCCACCUGCAAACCCCCAGCCCUGGGGAGGGGGAAAUUUGCUCCCUACCCCCAUCCCAUUGGGUCCCACGGCUGGGAUCUCUGCACAUCUGGAUAGAGGCCAGGCUGUCUCUAUAGAUAUCGGACCUCCGGUUAGGCAGGAGGCAGGAAGAUCGGCAGGCAGAACGCACGCUCUGAUUGGCGUGGAAUUUGAACUCUUAUCCUCCCACGGAACGACUGCAAGAGAUGCCCGGCGUUGGCCGGGAACAAAGCGCAUCUCUGUUCUUCCCUCUGUGGCUUUGGAAACAAAGCGAGCCCUCUUCCUUGUCCCCGGGCUCAGCCCAGGGCACAAGGCCUCGCUUUCGAGACGGUCACUCCGCCAGGCCUCAGCUGCCUCGGUUUCCCCAUCUGUUUCGCCUCCAGAGAUGUCACUUUUGGGGGCAAUCAAGUGAAUUUAUGCGAAUUGUACUUUUUUUUCCUUCUUCCUCUCUGCACCAGGCAUGGGAUGCAGAUUAUCUCCUGUUCGGAGGGAAGGGCGGGAGAGAGAGAAGAUAGGAAACUCGAUGCAAAAUGCGUCUCGCUUUUCGGUUGUUCACUGUGAUGGAAUUAAUUUAAGAUUAAACUCAUUUCAAAAGAAAGAAGCGCAUGGUUUCUAAGAUGGGGGGGGAAUCCUGCUAGCGUCAUUGAGCAUCUGGAAGAGGCAGGAAAGUUUCUUUCCUUUUUUUUUCCAGUUGCAAAUCCACGUCCUGGGCUACCUGGUAUCUCCAGUCCUGCUGUGGGUGAUGGGAACCGUAGUACAAGAUACCU